AUGGCGACGCCGGAUAUGGCUCUCGCGACCGCCGCAGGCGACGACCUCCGACCUCCGACCUCCGACUCGGCCUGCGUGCGACUCCUGCGACCGUCGCCGUUCGUGCUCGAGGAUGUCGCGAGCGACCUUUCUAACGACCUUUCUAACGACCUCACAACUAUUGCUAGUUCAGAUUCCAAGUCGCGUAUGCUGGAGCUGGCGACGCGCUUCGCCGCCACUCUCCGUUCUCUGGAGAUCCGUCCAGGCGCGGGUGGUAACGCGACGCGUCCUGACGACGAUAAGAUAUCGGCCGACAGCAUUGUGCAGAUCCUUCAACGCGCCUCGGGAAUCGAAUCGCUCUCGCUGGUGAGCUGCAUCGAAGCUGUGCCCGAUCGUCGCACCGCGCCGCCCGGGUUCCUUCCUGUGACCAAAACAGAGCUCGCAACGGUGGUCCUACCGGCGCUGCCACGUCAGCUCAAAUCCCUGAAUCUGAGCUCGGAUCAUUUUCUGACCCCCUCGGCGUGUGUGACGUGGGCGGAGGGGGGCGAGGCCGCGGCAGGCGGCGCAAGCGCGGGUCGCGUGUGGGGCAAAGACGACGGCCUUCAAGUGGGCGGCUCGACUAACGUCCCCAUCCCCCCAUCGCAGGCGCCCGCUCCGCGCGGCAUUUCAGCCACUCCCGGCGCCCCUGCUCCCGCUGCUGCUGCUGAAGCUCCUGCCGCACCUCCUCCCCCACCGUCCGACCCCUCUCCCCCUCCUUCCCCAACCUCCCUCCCCCCCGCUCCCCCUCCCCUUCCGCCCGCCCCCUCCCGCGAGCCCAUCUCCAUCCACCCGCCGCGCGUCUGCCUCACGGACGCCCAUCUGCACGCCAUCGCCUCCUCCCUCCCGCACCUCACCUCGCUCAACCUCGACACGCGCGCGACCGUCACUGCGGAGACCAUAUGCCACCUGGCGACGUCGCUGCCACACCUCACGGCGCUCUCGCUUUGCUCGGAUGCCGUUAUCUGGGAGGUGGUGUCGCUGCUGCUCGCGCUCCUCCCCUCCCUGCAGCACCUCUCCCUCGUCUCCCACGCCUUGGAUCAAUCCCGCAACCACCCCGCCAAGCCUGCGGCUGCGGCGCCACCCACCGAGGCUCCUGCUUUGGCUGCCGCGGCAGCUGAUCCGGUGCUGACGGAGAGCGGCGUAGCGGGUGACCCAUCCGCUUCUUCCGACACUCUAGACUCUGAAACGGCUGCUCUUCUCUCGACGCUCUCCAUCGCCGCUCCAAAGCCUGGCGACCUUUUCUACUGUCCUCCGGGGUCGUCUCUGGCGCCCUGCCUCUCCUCCAUCCGCCUCUACGUCUCCCCUCACCGUUCCGUUGCCUGGGACUCGCCCCCCGCCUCCUCCCUGCUGCUCGCCCUCGCUGCUCGUUCCUCAACGCCUCUGCGGGCCUUCCACGCGCAGAACUCCCAAAGCUCCACGUGGCAGCUCGUGGGCCACCUGUUCCGCCAGCUCACCACUCUGGAUCUCUCCCAAACCGAGCCACAUCUCCCUUCAUCCAACCUGAACAGCGGCUCACCUGAGUGGAAAACAAGCGAGGCAGUGCUGUGCCAGGCCAUCCGGGGCCUCCCUCUCCUGGAAAGCCUCGCCCUCCCGCUGGCGUCAGACACCGUUCUCACAGCUGUUUCUGAGUACUGCCCGAACCUCACCGCCUUGCACACUCAGCCACUGGCUCGGUUCAUUGCUGUCGCCUCUGCUGCUGCCAGCGCUGCUAAUGAUUUCCUCCUCACCAGCUCCUCCUCCUAUGCCAGAACCUGCCUGCGUGUCGCCCCGCCUCCUGUGCAAUCUCAUGUUACCGAUGCCGGGGUGGUGGCGAUUGCAAAUGGAUGCACGCGAUUGGUGCAGCUGAGUCUGGGCGGCUGUGUGAACGUGGGGCCAGUGGGGCUGCGCCAGCUGGCGGGGAGAUGCGGGCGGCUGGAGGUGCUGAGGCUGGCGCGCACAGCGGUGGACAACGCUGCUGUUGUGGCGGCGCUGUUUGGCGACACCUGGCAUGCUGACGCUGCAGCUGGCGCUGCUUCCACUGCUUCACUCCAGCUGCAGUUGCCCCAGCUCCUUCUGCUGGAUCUUUUUGACUGCCCGGGUGUUUCCUCUGGCCUGCUGCUCUCGCUCUUGGCAGCGGCCAGGGAGCUUGCUGGCAAUGGUGGAGAUGGGGAGGAGGAUGUGAUGCGGAAGGACACCCCAGCUUAUUCGCAAGUGGUGAAGGAAUUUGGACCUUCAGUGCUGACGUCAGAAGGGGAGAUAGAUCGCAACAAGCUGGGGGAGAUAGUGUUUGUCGACGCCAACAAGAGGAGGAGACUGAAUAGGUGA